AUGCAACGGCAACUGCAGCGGGAUCCGGAAAAGUACGUACUCUACCACAAGUACGUGGAAGAGUUCCUGGAAAACAACCACAUCACGAGAAUUGCACCCGAUCCAAAUCACCCGAAGAUCAUUUACCUGGCGCAUCACGGCGUCAUCAAGGCUGAAAGCUCCACUACGAAGCUUCGAGUGGUGUUCAAUGCAGCAAAGAACUCGUCGAACGGACUGUCGCUCAACGACCUGUUGGCGACCGGACCCAUCGUGCAGGAUACGUUGUAUAACCUCCUGAUGAACUUUCGAUUGUAUCCGGUCGUACUCACCUCAGACCUUACGAAGAUGUUUCUUCAAGUGAAGGUGACCGAGGAAGACAGUGAACGAAUCCGCAUACUAUGGCAAGAAUUCGGACAACCUAUGGCGGAAUACGGGCUAAACACCGUCACGUUUGGCAUGUCCUGUGCUCUUUUCUUGGCAACCAGAACGUUAAAUCAGCUAGGAGAGGACGAAGGCAUCGAAUUCCCGCUGGCCAAGGAAGCAAUCAAAGAUUUCUAUGUUGAUGAUCUACUCAUCGGUGCGGCAACACGCGAGGAAGCCAAGCAAAAACGUCAGCAAAUUACUGAAAUGAUGAAGCGAGGAGGAUUUGAGAUCCGAAAGUGGGCGUCCAACGACAGGGAAGUGCUAGACGAUAUACCGCCAGAAGACAGAGCAGUCAGCGUAGUUCACACGGUAGACAGUCAGGAGACCAUCAAGACACUCGGCGUCCAAUGGCAACAUCGGGAAGAUCUCUUCACCUUCAAGGCAUCCGAUGAUCCCAUCAAGGAGUGCUUCACGAAGCGAGAAGUACUAUCCACCAUCGCCAAGAUCUUCGACCCUCUUGGACUCAUCGGACCAAUAGUGGUGAUUGCAAAAAUGAUGAUGCAGGAGUUGUGGAAAAUCCAAACUGAUUGGUCUGAGCCGCUGCCAAAUCAGUUCAACCACCGGUGGCGUAUAUACUUGGUGUAUCUACGAAAUGUCUGGCAAAUAAAGGUCCCGCGGCGGUGUAUAAGCGUUCCACAGCCUGUACAAUAUCAUCUCCACGGGUUUUGUGACGCCUCACUCGAAGUAUAUGGAGCAGCUGUAUACUUACGAGCGAUCGACGAAAACGGUGAUAUCAGUUCGCACCUACUUGGGUCCAAAUCGCGCGUGGCGCCCAUCAACAGACCGUCGCUACCUCGAUUGGAGCUGUGUGCAGCAACCUUGCUCGCGGAGCUAAUCAAGGCCAUGAAGUCCACCCUUCGGAUUCCGAUUCAUCAAACCCUGGCAUUCAGCGACUCGACCACGACGCUAGCCUGGAUUGCAGGAGACCCAGCCCGGUGGAAAAUAUACGUCGCCAACCGGGUAGCAACCAUCAAUACGAUCAUCCCGGCCUCGGAUUGGAGACACGUUCCCACGAAACAGAACCCGGCGGAUCUCCUCACGCAUGGGGUAGCACCGUGUGUGCUUGCCUUGUCGAAGCUGUGGUGGCACGAACCAGAUUGGGAACCUAGCACUACCACGGAGGCACCUGUACCGAAUCCAACACGCAAAGAAGAAGAAGUCAUCAACACCGAAGUCAGGCGUCAACAGCCCAUCCUGGCAUACCUCAUGACAUAUAGGGACGUCAUCGAGGAUAUACUCCACAAAUACUCGUCCUACACGAAACUUCUCAGGGUGACAGCUUGGAUCAUCCGAUUCAGCGAGAAUUGCCAGCUGGAACGAGCCCAACGAACUGUCGGACCGUUAUCCGUCAUCGAAAUCAAUGCAGCAAAAAGGUUGCUCAUUCGCUACACGCAACACCAAGCAUAUGCGGCAGAGAUUUCAGCACUAGAGAAAUGCAAACCGUUGCCGGACCGAAGCAAGCUGCUACCGCUAAGCCCGUUCGUCGAAAGCAAUCUCCUCAGGGUGGGCGGCCGGCUCGCCAGAUCCAAUCUGGAAUACACAGCAAAGCACCCACUGAUCAUACCGGCAGAAAGUAGAUUAGCGACCAUAAUAUUCAACCACGAACACCUUCGUAACCACCAUCUCGGAGCGACUUCGCUACUGUCCGCAGUCAGAGAAACGUUCUGGGUUCCACAUGGAAGGAAAUUAGCCAGAAACACCAUCUGGAAAUGUGUCCCAUGCCACAAGAACGCCCCAAAUCGUGGCAUGUUGCAACAAAUCAUGGGGCAACUUCCGGAAACUAGAGUCACACCAGCACCGCCUUUCUUUCACUGCGCACUACGCAGGGCCAAUCACGCUGUACAUCUCGAGGCGGUCUCCAAGCUCUCCACGAAAGCAUUUUUGGCAGCCAUGCGACGAUUUGUGGCUAGACGAGGUCACUGUGGACAUAUGUACAGCGACAAUGGCACCAAUUUUGUGGGAGCAGAUAACGAAAUGAGAUAUUGGUAUCGGAAAAUCAGUUCAUCCGACCACAACAAUCGUGUAGCGGACUUCCUAGCGAUGGGUGGUACACAGUGGCAUUUUAACCCACCCGGCUCGCCACAUAUGGGAGGACUUUGGGAGGCAGCAAUCAAAUCGGCCAAACAUCAUCUAAAUAUUGUGACGCAGAAAGCUCGGCUCACAUUCGAAGAGUUCGGAACGUUGCUCGCCGAAAUCGAGAGUAUCUUGAACUCGCGGCCCAUUUCGCCAGCAUCGAACGACCCGAAUGACCUGCAGCCCCUUACACCAGGGCACUUUUUGAUCGGACGACCGCUAACAGCCAUCAACGAACAGGAUUAUCUUCCAAGUCCUGACGAGCCAUACGACGUUAGGUUUCGUUACGUCAACGAGCUCCGGCAACACUUUUGGGACCGUUGGAGCAAGGAGUACAUUCCGGAACUGCAACUGAAGGGAAAAUGGCAUCGAACGACCAACACACUGGAGGAAGGUGAUCUGGUCCUGGUAAGGCAACAGAAAUUGCCAGUCAAUCGAUGGGUCACCGGCAGAAUUCAACAUCUUCAUGGAGCACCAGACGGAAACCCACGGCUAGCAACUGUGAAAACCUCCAACGGUGAAAUCGUUCAGUCCGUUCACAACUUGAUUAUUGGCAUCGUCAUCUUCGAACCGGCGCCUUCUACCAUCCACGUAGAGAACUUACUGUACAACCUUGGCUAUGCCGCCAGCACGAUCAUUGUAACCGAGCCGGACAUGAGUCCAGCUUAUGCUUCACUUCGGAAGCCAACCGUACAUCUAAUCGUGGUGAAAGCGUUACUGCAACUGUUGGAGUUCCGUGACGUAUGGAUGCACAGUCAAACCGAAUACUGGAACCAGGAUGCCCAAUUUGUAGUGCUGUACGAUGUCGGCAGUGACGUGGCAGUUGAACUCAUUGGACACAGGUUUGGAAAGAUUGGAAUUGCGGAUGUGAUCUUCAUCGGACUGAGCCCCGUCACAGGAGAUCUAGACACAAUUCGCACCUACCUACUGUACGAACGAAAGGUUGUUACGCACAGUGAGACCGAUCCGUUGGAGCAAAUUAUCAGUAAUCAAUUCACAAACAUGCACGGUCAUCAGUACCGCAUAGGACACGAUCCCAACAGUAACAUUUGGACUACCGCAGUUGAGGUAUCCUUCGCUGCGCCUUUCCAACCACCGGGUCAAACCGUGUCCAGCAGUAGCCGGGCCGAAACUCUUCCAAGUGCCCAUUCAUCGUUUAUCCUUCACUGUGUCCUUCCAACCCGUCGCAGCCUCCUAGUCAACCCGUGUCCAGCAGCAGCCGCAUCGAGACUCUUCCGAGUGCCCAUUCAUCGUAGCAAGGUUGAGGUUUAUCUCGCUGCGGCCUUCCAACCUGUCGCAGACACCAGUUCAACCCCUGUCCAGCAGCAGACGGGCUGA